AUGGAGGACAGAGCCGAUGCUGCGCUGGCCCGUCACAACGGAGGCAUCGCUCCACGCAACGACUCCGAACGCUAUCGCGCGGCACAAGCAGCGAGCGUGGUCACUGUGGACUCUGUCCUCAUGAUCACAGACAUGCUGCGGAGGAGAGACGAGCUUGAGGCUACAGCUGACGUGCCAUUACUGUGGUCAGAAAGUGCGGAUGCGGUGUUGAACGAGUGGAGGAAAUUCUUGCACCAACAUAAAGGGAAGACCCUUCUUGCGAAAGAUCUGCUCGAGGGAAUGUAUGAGAAGUUUCGGCAGACACUCGUCAACCAGGGUUACUUGUCUCAUCAUGUGGCUGUUCCAGAGCGAUUUGAUCGAUUCGCCAGGCACAUUGCUUUCGCUGCAGUUCACGGUUGUCCAUGA